AUGGUUGAUUAUGGGAAAACCUAUCUUUUCCGUGUAGUCAAUGCAGUGAUGAAUGCAGAACUCUUCCUUGCAGUUGCUGAACACAAUCUCACAGUUGUUGGGAUGGAUGCACAUUAUAUCAAACCCAUUUCCACAGAAUACAUCAUGAAAAGCCCGGGACAAACAAUGGAUGUCUUGCUCACAACAAACCAGCCUCUCAGCCACUAUUAUAUGGCUACUAGACAAUACUCAAGCGAAGACGCCUCUGUUACCGGAUUUGACCAUGUCAAUACAACUGCAAUUCUACAGUACAAAGGCAAUUAUACUAUCCCAUCAUCUCCUUCCUUUCCAAGUGCACUUCCUCUUUACUUGGACUUCACGGCUGCCUUGACCUUCACCAGUCGUAUAAGGAGCUUAGCAAACAAAGACCACCCAGUAAAUGUCCCCCUCAACAUAACUGAGAGAAUGUAUAUUACAGUUUCCAUGAAUUUGCUCUACUGUCCAAUCUGUACGAGAGCGCAUGAUAAUGAAACAUUGGUUUCAACUUUAAAUAAGAUAAGUUGGGUCAACCCAAGUACUGACGUGCUACAUGCCUACUACAGGAAUAUCAAUGGAGUUUACACCACAGACUUUCCCGACUACCCCCCUUCAUUCUAUAACUUUACAGAUGAUGAAAUGACGGCCGAAAACAUUGUAUUAACAAGGCAAGGGACCAAGGUGAAGGUGUUGAACUAUGGUGAGGCAGUGGAGAUAGUUUUUCAAGGGACUGGCGUGCUAAAAGGCUCGGUAAAUCAUCCAAUGCAUUUGCAUGGAUAUAGCUUCUAUAUAAUUGGAACAGGUUUUGGUAAUUUUGAUAAUGAGACAGAUCCAAAAGGGUUUAAUUUAGUUGAUCAUCCAGAAUUGAAUACCUUUGGAGUUCCUAAGAAGGGAUGGCUUGCCAUCAGAUUUGUUGCAAAUAAUCCAGGUGUGUGGUUUUGGCAUUGUCAUUUUGAUCGACAUCUGAGUUGGGGUAUGAACACUGCAUUUAUAGUAAAGAAUGGGCCCACUAGUGAGACAAGCAUCCGCCAGCCCCCUGCUUACAUGCCUUCUUGUAAAGUUCCCUUAAAAUCUUGGAUACAAAACAACGAUGGGUCGGAUGAAGAAGUUAUGCCGAACCAAACAAGACUUGAUUAG